CCAAAACCUCUUUAUAUAUAAACCAAACUCUCUCUCCCCCCUCCUCACAUUCUCUGCUUCUCUCUCUCUCUCUCUCUCUCUCUCUCAAUUGAGUUCUGCUCAAUUUUCUCUGUGUUUUUUUUCCUCAUUCUGAAAAAAGAAAAUGGCACUUUGCUUUGGUUAUUCAAAAGCCAUUUUCAGAGUUUUGUUAGUCUCUGCCAUUGUCUUCUUUGCCAUUCUAUCUCCAUCUGCUGCUGCUACUACAAAGCCCUCAGCUUCUGCUCCUUCCCCUGCCUCCACCCCUGCUCAUGCCCCUGGCCCUUCCAGUGAUGGGACUUCCAUAGACCAAGGGAUUGCAUAUGUGCUGAUGCUAGUGGCUUUGGUGCUUACAUACCUCAUUCAUCCUCUGGACGCAUCAUCUUCCUACACUUUCUUUUGAGUGUUGGGAUUCUUUUUUAGGUGAAUUAGAAAUGGAUGGGAUUUGAUUUGUGUAGACAAAUGACCAAAAAAAAAUUUGGUGUUGGUUUUUUUUUUUCUUUCCAUUAUGAUUUAUUUGACUUUGAUUGUGCAUAUAUGAAUUAGACAAAUUAAUGAAUAACAAUGUUUGAGGCUGAUUAAGCUUCUAGUAGAUU